AACACAACUCCCUUGCCGGCAUUUAAACAGUUACAGUAGGGAGACGUCCGCCAAAGGGAUCGCUUAACGUGCGAAAUGUUAACUAAGUUGUUUGUUGUUUUUGCCAUAUUGGCGGUGACUUUAGGUGACGACGUCCAACAGUUUAACGAUGCAGACUUCGACGGGAAAGUAGCCAGCUAUGAAACUGUUCUGGUGAUGUUCUACGCCCCGUGGUGUGGACACUGCAAGAGACUAAAACCAGAGUUUGAAAAGGCUGCUCCAACAUUGAAGGCAAAUGAUCCUUCAGUUAUAUUGGCAAAGGUUGAUUGUACUGAUGAUGGUAAAGAUACUUGUGGAAGGUUUGGAGUUUCUGGGUACCCCACUCUCAAGAUUUUCAAGGGUGGUGACCUCUCUGCAGAUUACAAUGGUCCCAGAGAUGCUAGUGGCAUCAUUAAGUACAUGAGAUCGCAGGUUGGUCCAGCAUCUAAGGAAUUGACUUCAGUUGAAACUGCUGAAGCCUUCCUAUCAAGUCAAGAAGUAGGGAUAGUUUACUUCGGAGGAGAAUCAAAACUUAAAGAUGCCUUCAUGAAAGCAGCUGACAAAAUGAGAGAAAGUGUUAGAUUUGGCCAUUCACUAACUGCUGCAGUCAAUGAUCAUUAUGGAAAGCAAGACGUUAUUGUUUUGUUCAGGCCAAAACAUCUUAGCAAUAAGUUUGAGCCUGAUAGUGUCACUUAUGAAGGAUCUGCAGACAAAGUGGAAAUUGAAUCAUUCAUUAAAAAGAACUACCAUGGAUUGGCAGGUCAUCGCACUCCAGACACUACUCAGGAUUUCCGCCAGCCUCUAGUUGUUGCUUACUACAAUGUGGAUUACAUCAAGAACACAAAGGGAACAAAUUACUGGCGUAACCGUGUUCUGAAGGUGGCCUUAAAGUUUGCUGAUGACUUUACUUUUGCUGUAGCAAAUAAAGAUGACUUCCAGCAUGAAAUAGAGGAAUAUGGAGUGGAUUUUGUUGCUGGGGACAAGCCAGUCAUCUGUGCACGUAAUGCUAAGUCACAAAAGUUUGUGAUGGCUGAAGAAUUUUCGAUGGAAACUUUUGAAGCAUUCCUUGUUAAGUUGAAAGCUGGAGAGUUAGAACCAUACCUCAAAUCUGAACCAAUUCCAGAUCAGACAGGCCCAGUGAAAGUAGCUGUUGGCAAAAACUUUGAUGAACUUGUUACCAACAAUGAUAAAGAUAUAUUGAUUGAAUUCUAUGCACCAUGGUGUGGACACUGCAAAAAAUUGGCCCCUACAUAUGAUGAGCUAGGAGAAAAGAUGGCAGAAGAAAAUGUAGAUAUUAUUAAAAUGGACGCCACUGCCAAUGAUGUCCCGAGCUCAUUCCAUGUACAAGGUUUCCCAACAAUUUUCUGGAGGCCCAAGGGUGGAUCACCUGUCAAUUAUAAUGGUGGUCGAGAACUUGACGACUUCAUCAAAUAUAUUGCCAAGGAAGCCAGCGAGGAGCUUAAAGGAUAUGACCGUAAGGGUAAAGCCAAGAAGUCAGAGCUUUAAAUUAAAAAAGUUAGAUAGAAUUACCAAGUUUUGUACUUCUUGGUGGUAUGAGAGAGAGCAGUGUUGAGUGCAAUCAUCCUUACUUUAGAGUAAGAAAGAAAUAGAUGCGGACAAGAUGUUAAUUUGUUUAUUUAUUGAAAAAAUUCAUAGCCCAUUUUUGUAUUAAUCAUCAGUAUUGGAAUGUGGAGAUUGUACAGUUUAACAACACUUAGCAAGAUUGGUGCCUCAAGGUUUUAUAGUAUGCAAGAAUGUGCGUGAGUGUAUUUCAAGAUUUCUUUAUAGCGUGUUAGUGGAGAGGAAGAUUUUCAUUCAUUUGCUAUCAUUCCCUGCUCUUGUCAUGAGCACAAGUGCACAAGUCUCAUUAAUUGUGUAACAAGUGGAGUUAAUAAAUUUUGUAAUAUAUUUAAAA